AGUCCCGCCCUUCGACCGGGGUGAGGAGCACCGUGAGUGGCUGAGAGGACUGAGUGCUCCCUGCAACAGCUGCCUCUAUCCACAACAGGAGUUGGCGGAACUGAGCCCAGUAGAGAACGACAAACAGCCGCUUUGUCACGCAUUGCCUCAGCACCGUACCAGCAGGCCAAACGCAGAUCACCUAGGACGACAUAUCUAUACAUUCAUGACCGGACAGGGAUUAAGUGGUUUAGAAGACAAUUGCACGGAAUAGAUAGAACGGAUUUUACACAGGACUGUUGGGUUUUAGGAGUGCCCCUGGCCACCAUGGAUACAACUUUGCAUAGCCUGCAGAAACCGACAGCCUCAACCGACAAGGUCCUGGACGGUGGAACGGGACUCGCUUUGGAUAUGAGUAUGGGGGACCGGGAAUUCACGGAACAAUCGAUUAGACUUACCGACAAAAUCCCGUUAGUGAAACCCUAUUUAAAAAAAAAAAAAGGACAGAGGAAACUAGACUCAAAAUGCCUCCGUGCGCUCCAGGACCCUAUCCUGACCACAUUACUGAGUACGGAUGCACUUGUUACCGGAGAUGGGGUGUUUGUUCCCCGGAACCCUCCGACAAGGACAGCGGGGAACCUGUGCACUGCGGGGGUGGUCAAACAGGCACGGAUUGGUGGGCCUGUGUGUCUGAAAGAGUCGGGAGCUACCGGUGUAACGGCUAUGAUUACCGGCGACACUGACACAGAAAUGGCGGACACCGCCGCCGAGUUGGAGGAGACAGAGAGGGGGGUAACCAAGGUACCGGUAGAUCUCCAACGCGUGACAAUAGACCCUAACGAACGCAGAUUCCAGCUCAAACGUGUCCCCCGGGCGCGCGAGGUGGGGGCGGCAACCCCCACACCAGAUACCCCUCUAGUAUCCCCUCCAAGCCAGGGGGGAAACACGAUGAGUGACCUCUUCGCCUCUAAAGCCUUGCGGGGGCCAGAUUGUCUGACCAUCAAAGACAGUACGAACACCCCCAGUCUUCAGGCCGACAAAGGCGAGAUAUUUCAGGAUAAAAGCGAAGAGGCCUCCCUGGAUCUAGUGUUUGAUCUGCUAACCCAGCUCCAGUAUCACACGCACCAAGCCGACGCAGUUUCGAUCUGCGUGGAUUUCCUGCAGGGGUUGUGUGUGUACGGGAGUGACUGCGCUUACCACCAUACUGUGCUGCCCUACCACUGGCAGAUCCGCAAGAGUGAUACUCAAAGCUGGCAAAGCGUGGCGGAUGAUUCGCAGGAACAGUUGGAGAGGCUUUACUGCAAUCCGGACAAUGAACAAGUCAGGCUCAAAUUUCAGGGUCGUGUGUUUUCCUUAGACUUCAGUGCCAUGCGUGUAUGUGACCUGGAGUUCGACCGCGUCAGACGGUUGACCACUCCCUCCAGCCCUGCAGCCCUGCCCCCAAACACAAACCCCGCCCCUAACUGCCACACAGUGUGGAAGUACUACUGCAGAGACAACUUCGGCUGGAGAGAAUACUCUGAGCCGGUGGUGCGUCUGAUAGAGGAGGCUGGUGGUCGUGGUCUGAAGGAGGUCCGGUUCAUCACCCUACAGAACCACUACAUCCUCAACAUCAGAGAGGGCUUCCAGCAGAACGCCGUGUUCGGCUUCCGACGCCAGAUCAAGAAACGACCCCUCUUCCUGUCCUCCGUGGUCCUCACGCCACAUCUACAGACUCUUGGUGGCCUCUCCUCUUUCCCCAUCUCCUCCUCCACUCUGGAUCUGUCUGUUUCUCUCCCCCUCUCUCCCACCUUCACCAACCCUCCCAGCGUAUUCCCAGAAACAUGGUUACCCAUGACGACCAGCCAGGACUUCCUGCAGGUUCCGGUAUCCCGUGACGACCGGAGCUAUCGGACCGUCUACACCCUCUUCCACAAGACGGUGUCCGAAACCAAGUUCCACAUCCUGAAGAUCCUCCGCGUUCAGAACCCCUUCCUCUGGGAGAAAUACAAGAGGAAGAAGGAGUACAUGUCUCGUCGUCUCUCGGAGAUGGACAGGAUGCUGAGCGAGCGUCACCUGUUCCACGGCACCUCCACUGAGGUGGUGGAAGGCAUCUGUAAACACAACUUUGACCCGCGUGUCAGUGGCAAACACGCCACCAUGUUCGGACAAGGCUCCUACUUCGCCCGUAAGGCCGUCUACUCCCAUAACUUCUCCAAGCGCUCUCCAAAAGGGAUCCACUCCAUGUUCCUGGCCAAAGUCCUCACUGGCAGGUUAGUAGUCUUUAUGGGGAUUACUAAAUCCUCACUGGCAGGUUAG